ACUUUAUUAUAAAUAUACGUAGAAUUGUUUUCUUCACAAGCUUAUCUUAAGAGCCCAAAGACAAAGAGAAAGAGAGAGAGAUAGUAACCAAGCAUGAAGAGUUUGUUGAUUUGUGUAGUGUUGUUAGAGCUUGUCUGGUUUGGCAAUGGCCAAUCUGGAGAUGAUCAUCAUCCUCUUGCUCCAGCUUUCUUUGUCUUUGGAGAUUCCUUAGUUGAUAGUGGAAACAACAAUUACAUUCCAACUCUCGCACGAGCUAAUUAUUUCCCUUAUGGGAUUGAUUUUGGCUUCCCCACUGGUCGUUUCUGCAAUGGCCGUACAGUUGUUGAUUAUGGAGCAACGUACCUCGGCUUGCCAUUGGUGCCACCAUACUUAUCUCCUUUAUCCAUUGGGCAAAAUUCCUUAAGAGGAGUUAACUAUGCUUCUGCAGCAGCUGGGAUUUUAGAUGAAACAGGACAACAUUAUGGAGCAAGAACUACAUUUAAUGGACAGAUAUCGCAGUUUGAGAUUACAAUCGAGUUACAUCUUCGGCGUUUCUUUCAAAACCCUGCAGAUCUGAGAAAGUAUCUUGCCAAAUCGAUAAUUGGGAUCAAUAUAGGAAGCAAUGAUUAUAUCAACAACUACCUUAUGCCUGAGAGAUACUCCACCAGCCAAACCUACAAGACUAUAGAACUUAGGUGCAAGAAAAAUGGUGUUAGCUGGGUCAGGACCAUUAGGUUGCAUACCAAGUCAGCUAUCUAUGUUCUCCUUUCUGCAGGUCUUGUAGUAUCAAACGAAGCGUGCUGCCGUAACGGGAGAUAUGGAGGAGCCUUAACAUGCCUUCCGUUGCAGCAACCAUGCUUGGAUAGGCAACAAUACGUCUUUUGGGAUGCAUUUCAUCCAACAGAAACUGCCAACAAAAUCAUAGCUCACAAUACCUUUAGCAAGUCUGCAAACUACUCCUACCCUAUCAGUGUCUAUGAAUUGGCUAAACUGUAGAGAAAUGUGUCUCAAUGCUAGAUUACCUCCUCAUUUCAAGAUUUCCUCGGUUUUCUAGUUUCUAGUUAGAAGCCAUUAAGUAUGGGAUUUGUAUGUAACAAUUGCCCAAAUCUUUAAGAUCAUCUCUAUAUUCCGAUGUUACAAGUUAAACCUUUCUC